AUGGCAAGUUCGUUGUUUUGUUCCGCCCUUAGGAGUGGAAUACCUAAACAUUAUCUUAGAAAAACCUUUCGAACAUCUUUUAAUCUCGAAAAAAUAUGUAUUCAUACAUCAGCAUUUUUAAAUGGUAACAAAAAAUUUUAAUCUUUAGCUGCGUAAAACGUUUAAAUCUAAUUAAUUAAAAUUAUAUAUAGUGAAAGGUCAAAAAAUCAAUAUGCCUUCACUGUCUCCGACUAUGACUGAAGGGAACAUAGUUAAAUGGUUAAAGAAAGAAGGAGACCCAAUAGCUCCAGGUGAUGUGUUGUGUGAAAUUCAAACAGAUAAAGCUGUUAUGGCAUUUGAAACUGAAGAAGAAGGAAUAUUAGCAAAAAUAUUGGUAAGUUGAAAUAUUUGACCCUUGUAGUAAUCAUAAUAUUACCAUUAAUAAGAUUUUAUAUUUUGUAGGUUCCUGAAGAUGCUAAAGAAAUAAAAGUUGGUUCUUUAAUUGCACUUAUGGUUGCUGAGGGUGAAGAUUGGAAAAGUGUUGAAAUACCUACAACUGAAGGAAGUGUUGCACCUGUUUCAAAUGCAGUCGAAGAAACCACAGAAUCAGAACCUUCUGGUGGAAAAAGUAAUGUUAAACUACAUAUUUAUUAAAAAGAGAUAAUAUAAUAUAAUUCCUUUAUUUGAUGGUAAUUAUUUAGCACCUGGACUCGCAAUAAAUAUGCCAUCAUUAUCUCCAACCAUGUCUGAAGGUACAAUUAUUAAAUGGCAUAAGAAACCAGGAGAUAAAGUUGCACCUGGAGAUGUGUUAUGCGAUAUUCAAACAGAUAAAGCAGUCAUGUCUUUUGAAACUGAAGAAGAAGGCAUUUUAGCAAAAAUUUUGGUAUAUUUUAUUUAAAAAGGUUUAUGUGUCCAUUUUUUAUAUUACCAAUAAAUUAUUAUACAUUGAAGUUGGGAGAUGACAGUAAAGAUGUGAAAGUCGGAGAACUUAUAGCAUUAAUGGUAGCUGAAGGUGAAGACUGGAACGAUGUUCAAGUACCCGGGCAAAAGAAAGCUAAAUCACCUAAAGUAGAUAUUCAGAAACCCAAAGUCAUAUCUCAAACAACAUCUGAAGAAUCUGUCGUCAGGCAUUCAUAGUAAAUUUUCAAAAUGUUUUGUUUUAUAAUUUAAAAAAAAAUUAGGAUUACACAAGUAAAUUAUAUUUUGUAGUGAUGGUUAUAGCCCAGCUGUGAGAUCACUUUUAGAACUAUAUGCUGUUGAUGGUACCAAGGUUGAAGGAACUGGAAAACAAGGAAAACUCCUUAAGGGUGAUGUUUUGAAAUAUGUUACCAAAAAUAAUUUGUCCAUCCAGCCCCCCAAAGAAGGUUUGUUAUAGACUGAAUUAAAAUAUACUUUUGUAACAAAAAUGUUAUAAUUUGUUAAUAGUACCUUUACCCGGAGAAUCAUCCCCACCUAAAUUACAUUCACCAGUUACACAAACAUCAGUAUCAAGACCUGCCAAAGGAUCUGAUUUUAUUGACAUUCCAUUAACUGGCAUGCGAUUAACAAUUGCUAAACGAUUAACUGAAUCUAAAGUAAAAAAUUUAAUAUUAUUAACUAUAUGUAUACUUUAACAUAGGUGUCAUUUGAAGUAAAAUCAUGGGGUAGCUAGCAUCUUGAAUCAUAUUUUUAAUUCAGUAGUGGCCUAAUGAAGUGCCCCUUACUUUAUUAGUCUGUGAGUCAUCAAUCAGGUUCUAGAGAAGUAUUCAUUAAAAUUAUGUAGAAAAAUAUCAAAUAAAUUUAGAAAUAAGUAAUUAGUUGAUUGAUCUUUAUGAGAAUUAUAUAUUUUCAAAUUAAAUGUAGCUGGUAGUUAUAUUUUUUUUUUUUUAAAUUACUCAUAGGGUGGUGUAGCUAUUAAUCUGCUACCUCGAUAAAAAUGGUGGGGUAUCAGUUACUACUCCUUGCUACCCAGUAAUGAUGCCUAUGUUCUUUAGUAUAGUUUUAAAUUAUUUUUUUAUAUAUUUCUUUUAGACUACAAUUCCGCAUGCCUAUGCUACAGUGGAGAGUAAUAUUGAUUCUUUAUUAGGACUUCGAAAACAAUUAAAAUUAGGUGGAAUUAAUGUUUCGGUUAAUGAUUUUAUCAUUAAAGCAGUUGCUAUAGCUCUUAAAAAAUGUCCUCUAGUCAAUUGUCUCUACAUUAAAGAUCAAGUAAUUUAUUGAAAUAAAACAUUUUCAAACAUAUUAUCUAUAAUCAAAUACUUCUUUUCAGGUUGUUUUACAACAAACAUCUGAUAUUUCUGUAGCAGUUGCAACUGAUUCAGGCCUUAUUACUCCAAUUGUAACCAAUGCCGAUGGAAAAGAAUUGGACGAAAUCUCUGCUGAAAUUAAAGAAUUAGCUGGACGUGCACGUAUUGGUAAACUGCAACUUCACGAAUUCCAAGGAGGCAGUUUUACGUAAGUCUAUAAUUUAAAUCAAAUUCACACUGAAUACUUGUGCGUGUGAAAAUACUUUUUAUAUUGAUGACAUAGUUGUAGAAAUGCAACCUCUAUUCAAACCUGUGUUCAAAAGGGGGGGUUCCUUUCAGAAAAUCAAGUGUGUAUUUAUUUAAGAUACAUGGAGUAGAGGUAAAAAAUUAAAAACGGUUUUGUAUAAAGCUUAACAAUUCCAUAAUGUAACUCAAAAAUCAAAUUCACUUAAAAUUCUGAGAUAAUUUCUGGUUCUUGAUAAAAAAAAAAAAUCACCCUGUAUACCUAAGAUAAGUAAAAAAUUACUAUGAAAUGUCAAUUUUAUUUUGUAAAAAAUUCAAAAUUGGCAUUAUAUAAUCAAUACCCAUUAGAGAUAUAAAAAAAAAGUAACUAUUUUAUUUGUUGAAUAGCAUGUUAGCACUGUUACAAAUUAUGUUUAGAUAAUAACAUAAAACUAAAAGUUUAUUUUAAUACUUACCCAGUAAAAAUUAAAUACAGAAAUAUAGCCUUUUUAUACAGUUUUUACUAGAUUAUUAGUCAUUUUUUGUAUUAUUUUUAAAAUAUAUUAAGUUAACACUGUUAAAGGUAAACUAAUAAUUUAUUAAACUUAAAAACUUUAAAUAAAAUUUACUCAAACUGCAGUGAAAAAAUUUAAAUUUAAAAAAUCUUUUCAACUCUCAUAAAAAGUAUAGCAACCAUUUAAAUUGUUAAAAAAUAUGAUUUUUGUUGUUUUUGUUACCUAAGUAAUGAAAUUAAUUUCUAUUUUAGGGGUAGGUGCCCCUUCUGAAUACCAGGGGAUUUUUUAAUACAUUUUUAUUUUCUAUCCUAAUGUAAUAAUUUAUUAAUUUAUAUUUAAACAGGAUAUCUAAUCUUGGAAUGUUUGACAUAUCUGAAUUUAGCGCUAUUAUAAAUCCUCCACAGUGUGGUAUUUUAGCCAUUGGAAGUGGACGGCCUAUCAUUGGUAAUAUUUAUUAAAAAAUUAUGGAAUAAAUGUUUUAUUGGGUGAUUUCUGUUUUAGUCUAUAGUAAUUUUAAUGCUGAUAAGAAUCUGGCAACAUUUGUAGUCAUAAUAUAGUGGCGUUCACAUUUAUAUCAAUAACGUCCUAAAAAUUAGAAAAUUCAUAAUCAGCAUUAAAAGCACUAAUCUUUAAAAAAAAAGAUACCAGUAAAACAGAUUUAUACCCUAAAAAAUUGUAUGUUACACUAUACUUAUAUUACACUUAUUUAAAAUUUAUGUUACAGCAUUAAAUGGUAAACCUCAGACAUUUAUGACAGCCACACUAUCAUAUGAUUCACGGGCUAUAAGUGAAUCUGCUGCCUCUGAUUUCUUAGAAACUCUACAAGGUUUAUUACAAACUCCAGCAUCACUUCUUUUAACACCAUCAGCAAAUAAAAAAAGAGUGUCUAAUUAA